GCGGGGCCCGCACGACGCCGUUACCACCCGGGAAGAAGGAGGCGGCGCCGCCAUCAUGAGCUACGGUUAUGGAGACUGGAAUUCGGGCACGAGCAGAGGUUACGAGGGCUACAACUAUGGCUACGGCUACGGGCAGGACAACCCGGGGGGUUACGGCUACGGCGCCGCCGCCGCCAACUCCUGGGAAAUGGGCAACUCCGACGCCGACGCCGCCCCCGAGAGCGGCGACGGCCUCGGGAAGAUGAGCCAGCGGCCGGACGUGGGAUCCCACCCGGAUUCCGAGGGGAUGCCGGGGGGACGCUACGGAGCCGUCGGGGACAGGUACGACCCCUACGAGUCCUACGACUCCAGGUCCUCCCUGAACGACCGCGACCUGUAUCGACCGGGCUACGACUACAACGACUACAACGACUACAACGACUACAACGACUACAACGACUACAACGAUUACAACGAUUACAACGACUACAAUGAUUACAACGACUACAACGACUACAACGACUACAACGACUACAACGACUACAACGACUACCACGACUACACGGAGUCGGAGCAGGACAACGACGGCGCCUACGAGGGCCCCUACGAGCCCUUCCCCGGGGCGCGGCGGGAACAGUUCCCGGGCCGGGCGCGGGACGGCUUCGGGCAGCGCGGGCAGGGCUGGGGCCGGGACGGGCGGCCCUCGGGGCCCUUCCCCGGGCGCGGGGCCUGGCACGAGCCCCGCGGGCCCAAACGCCUGCCCUCCCUCUUCUCCCACAACAUCCUGCCCCCCGAGCCCGGGGCCUUCCCCGCCAACGCCAGGGGCUUCCCCGGCAACGCCCGCUACGGAGGAGGGAUGGUCAGGCAGAGGGUGAAGAGGAACUGGAAAAUGUGGGAUUGGGAUUUUAAGCUGCAGAGGAAGAAGCUCCGGCGGGAUCCGGGGGCCAGGAAGCGGAAGCAGCCGAGCAGCUCCGAGGAGCCCGACGGAAAAGUCGCCAAGACCGACGGAUCCGACAAUUCCGACUCGGACAACGAGGAGGGCACGGAAGGAGAGUCGGGAGACAAGGAGGAGAAGGAGGGAUCCCGAGGGGAAGGGGAGGAUGAAGAAGGGAGAGACUCCGAGAAAGGAGCUCCGAGCAUUCCCGAGGAAAUCAGCCCCAGCAAACCCAAACUCCAGCCCGGGAAAAAAAACCAGGAGCGGCAAAAGAAGCGGCACCGGGAUCGGAUGGUGGAGAGGAUCCAGUUCGUGUGCUCCCUGUGCAAGUUCCGCUCGUUCUUUGCGGAUGAGAUGAGCUCCCACCUGGGGAGCAAAUUCCACCGCGACCAUUUCAACUUCGUGGGGACGAAGCUGCCCCAGCAGACGGCCGAGUUCCUGCAGGAAUACGUGGCCAACAAAACCAGGAAAACGGAGGAGCGGCGGAAAGGGAUCAAGGACAUCAACGCCGUGAUCCAGCAGAUCCACAGGGACCAGGAUCUCACCCAGGAGGUGGGCAUGGAGCACUUCCUGAAGAAGGUGGAGGCCGCUCAUUGCGCCGCCUGCGACCUGUUCCUGCCCAUGCAGUUCGGAACCAUCCAGAAACACCUGAAAUCCCUGGAUCACAACCACAACCGCAGGGCCAUGCUGGAGCAAUCCAAGAAAUCCUCGCUGGUGGUGGCCCGGAGCAUCCUCAACAACAAACUCAUCAGCAAGAAGCUGGAGCGGUACCUCAAGGGCGAGAAUCCCUUCACGGAUGAUCCGGAGGAGAAGGAGGAGCACGAGGAAGGAGAAGGAGGAGCCGGGAAUGCCGAGGGAGGAGCGGAGGAGGAGAACAAGGACGAGGAGGAGAACCCGGAGGAGGAGGAGGAGGAGAACCCGGAGGAGGAGGAAAACAACCCCGAGGAGCGGAACGGGGAGGAGGAAAACAAGGAUCCGGAGGAGAAUCCCGAAAAAGAGGGGGAGGGAGAGGAGAAUCCCAAAAAAGAGGGGACAGAGACAGAGCGGGAGCGCCGGGCGCAGACGGAGCCGGAGCGGAACUCCCCGAAUCCAGAGGAUCCAGAGGGAGCUCUCCCGGGGGAAGGGGAGCAGCAGCCGGAGGAGCAACAGGAGCAGGAGGAGGAGGAGGAGGAGGAGGGAAGCGAGGAAGGCCCCGAGGCCGUGGAAUGAACCCGAUGCCGGGGGAAGGACCCGACGUGUGUGUGUUGGAUGUUCCGGAUCCCAGUUGGACGUUCCGGAUCCCGCCGUGUCCGUGAAAUGUUUUCCGUUCUCGUCCCGCCGAUCCCGCGUAGCCGGGGGAGCCUCUUCCCUGGAAAAGUGAUUUGGGGUUUGGUUUCGUUUUUCUGGGGGGUUUUUUUUUUGGGAACUAGAGGAAUUUUUUUUUUUUUUUUUUUUUUACGGAAUCUCCACGUUUAGUCGCUAGUUUCGUGCGGUCUCUUGUUUUUUUUUUAGGUGGCUUUGUAGGAGAUUUUUUCCUUUGGAGCAUGUGCGGAAGCCGGAGCUGCUCCGGAGCCUCUUCCCCCCCGGGAACGGGAGCGUGUCCGUGUGGGUCGGGGCUGUGCCCUCGGCCCGGGCCGGCUGGGAAUGGCAGCACUUCGGUUCCAGGGGGUUCCCUCGAGGCCCUCCGUGACUUCCCGUGACUGUAACGGCCCCAUUCCCGAUGUUUUCCCGGCCCUUUUCCCGCGGAGCGAAGCGUUCAGUGGUGUUGACGUCGUGUUGUUUGUGAACGGGUUUCAUUUUCCAGGUCGAUGUGUCGGUGGGUGGAGAUAAAAAAAGGACUUACCCUGAGUUUA